AUGGAGCCCUUCGGCGGCAGAUCUGGAUCCGUCUCCUUCUGCGGAUUGACCUACCAGGCGCUGGAAGAGCGGGAGCUGGUUUCGUCCCCCUUCAAGGAGGGCACCGGCUCGUCCCUUUGGAUCGCGGGACCUCUGGCACUGAUAUCCUCUCUGCUGCUCCCCCAGUUUCUCAUCUCCGGCGCCAUCGAGGCCGCUCUGAAGGACGAGAUUCUCGCAGGUAAUCGCCGUCUCCGCUUCUAGAUUUAUCUUUUCUCGAACCCGCCGUGGAUUGCCGAUGAUUCAAACAUCAUCCUCCUCUGCAACUCAGUAAUCCACACAAUAUUUUCAUCGAUUGAUUGAUUGAGAGUGAUGCCUUCUUCCAUGUUUUCUCUCUCAAAUCUCUGUGCAACUACUACUACCAUCAUCAUCAUCAUCUUCUUCUUCUUCUUCUGGAAUUCAGAGAUGGUGGCAUCGAUCUUCUCGGAGGGGAUGUUCUACGUGGGGCUGGCGACCUUCCUGCGGGUGACCGAGCAGGUUCAGAGGCCAUAUCUGGAGUUCAGCGCAAAGAGGUGGAGCCUCAUCACCGGCCUGAGGGGGUACCUCUCUUCCGUCUUCUUCACCAUGGGCCUGAAAGUCUUCGUCCCCCUCCUCGCCGCCUAUGCCGCCUGGCCAACCAUCGGCCUCCCCGGGGCGGUGGCGGUGGCCCCCUUCCUCGCCGGCUGCGCCGCCCAGUUCGCCUUCGAAGGGAUGCUCUCCCGGCGGCGAUCCUCCUGCUGGCCCCUCCUGCCGAUCAUCUUCGAGGUAGGUAGCCCCUCCAAAAACCCCAACAGUCCUAAACCCUAACCCUAGCCCUAACCCUGACCCUAAUCCUCAGGUGUACAGGCUGUACCAGCUGAGUAAGGGAGCUCACUUCGUCCAGCGGCUGAUGUUCUCCAUGAGAGGGUCCGUUGCGGCGGCGGAGUUCGCCGGCCAGAGCGGCGCUUUCAUGUCCCUCUUCGUCGCCUUCCAGGUGCUGGGCGUCGUCUGCCUGUGGUCUCUGACGACCUUCCUUCUCCGCCUCUUCCCCUCCAGGCCCGUAGCCGAGAACUACUGA